UUUCAUAAUUUCUCGCUCUUUAGCACAGUCGGUGCUUUGUGCCGUUACAGAAGAAAAUAUUAGUCUGUUAUGUUAGCUAGCGACGAGGAUUGUAUUCACCAUAUAACACCCAGAGUUAGCAUAUGUAACAUUUAGAAAUGGAUUUUGCAUCUGAUUGUCAGGUUCAGUGGUUGAUGUGGAAAUCAGCUGUAUUCAGCGUUAGUCGUGUAGCUAAAGUGUGAGCAUGGCAGAUAGAAAAGGAAAACCUGUCACUCCAGUCAAGACACUCACAAAGAAAGAACAAGAAGAGCUCAAGAAAAAGGAGGAAGAAAAAGCAGCAGAAGUUUUUGAAGAAUUUGUGGCGUCAUUUGAGACCAGUAACAAAAGCGUGAAAGUGAAAACUUUUGUCCGGGGGGGUAUCGUGAAUGCAACUCAAGAGGAGGAAGCAGCAGAGGUCAAGAAAAAUAAGCUGUAUCGACCUUCUACGAAGUUUGCUCCUGUGUCCCAGCAUGUCUCUCCCGUAUCAUCUGCUGAAAGCAAAAAGUCUACAUUUAAAAGAAAGACAGAAGAAAAGAAGAAGAGUAACCUCGAACUCUUCAAAGAAGAACUUAAGCUAAUACAAGAAGAGCGUGAAGAAAGACACAAAAGGAAGAAAAAUGACCCUGGGGCAGGAGGACGAGGAUACGAUCUAGACAUACCAUUAGCAGGCCGAUCAACAUUAUACGAUGACCUAACAGUGCCGACCACCACUAACCUCUACAUCGGCUGCAUUAGUCCAAAGAUGAACGAGGAGAUGCUCUGCAAAGAGUUUGGUAAAUAUGGUCCCCUGGCCAGUGUGAAGAUCAUGUGGCCCCGGACAGACGAGGAGCGCUGCAGGACCUCUAACAGAGCCUUUGUGGCUUUCAUGACGCGGAAAGAUGCAGAAAGAGCCUUGGCUGCACUUGAUGGUAAAGUGAUUAUGGGUUUUGAAAUGAAGCUGGGAUGGGGAAAACCGGCUCGCAUUCCUCCUCAGCCUCUCUACACACCGGUGGGAGUGAGGGCCACGCUGCCACCCCCGUCUGGUUUGCCUUUCAACGCUCAGCCAAGGGAUCGCUUCCGCAAUGAUUUCACCAAGCCACUGGCCAUGACCAAAGGGGAGCUUGACAAGACUCUGUCCGAAGCCGUAGUCAAAGUGGUUAUCCCAUCCGAAAGGAAUCUAUUAUUCCUUAUUCACAGGAUGAUAGAGUUUGUGGUGCGUGAAGGCCCCAUGUUUGAAGCCAUGAUAAUGACCAAGGAGAAAAACAAUCCAGAAUACAGGUUCCUUUUUGACAACAAAAGCCAAGAUCAUGUGUACUAUCGCUGGAAACUGUUUUCUAUCCUGCAGGGCGAGUCCCCAACAGAGUGGAGGACCACAGAUUUUCGUAUGUUCCGAGGUGGCUCCUUAUGGAGGCCUCCUGCCCUCAACGACUACUCUCAGAGAGGUGAAGAGAUGGCAGAAGUGGAGGAGGAUGCACCCCCUGAGGAGGAGGUAAAGAAGGGGCAACUCCGAACUGAGCAUAGACAGAAAUUGGAGGCACUGCUUAAAGAGCUCAGUCCGAGCAGAGAGGAUAUUGCUGAUGCCAUGCUGUUCUGUCUCGAGCGAGCCGAUGCAGCAGAGGAGGUAGUGGGAGUCAUCGCUGAAUCUUUUUCCUUGCUUCAGACACCCCUGCAGAAGAAGAUUGCCAGAUUGUACCUCGUGUCAGACGUUUUGCAUAAUUCAUGUGCCAAAGUAGCUGGUGCAUCAUAUUAUCGUAAAUAUUUUGAAGCAAGGCUACCACAGCUAUUUGGAGACCUUUAUGCAGUGCACAGAAGCAUACAAUCCAGGCUACAGGCUGAGCAGUUUAGGCAAAAGGUCAUGAGUUGUUUCAGAGCAUGGGAAGACUGGGCCAUAUAUCCAGAGCCUUAUCUCAUCCACCUUCAGAACAUCUUUCUAGGCUUUGCCAAAGCGGGUGAGGAGUUGACAGAGGCAGCAGAGGAAGAAUCCUCUGAUCUCGAUGGUGCACCAAUGGAAAGCACACCUAUAGAUGGGUUACCUUUGGACAGAGCACCUGUGGACGACCUCGACGGCUGCCCCCUGGGCUGGGACCCUCUAGAUGGAGUCCCUGUUGAUGACAUAGAUGGUGUACCCUUAGGAGUCACCAUUGAUGAUAUUGAUGGAAUGCCCUUGGAUGACAGAAAUGUUCCUCUCUCCGGAGUGCCUUUAUCUAAAUGGGAGAAGAUAGUCGAUACUGGGAUAUGUUCACAAGCCAGGACCGAGUCAAAGUGGGACGCGAAGGUGGAGCAAGACAGUGAAGAUGAAGUGAAUGUAAGCUCUCCUCUCCGUCCCGGCCACAGUGUCAACUCGCAGGAUGGACAGGACAACUCAGAGAGCGACAGUAGUGAAGACUCCUGCAGGUUGCCCAAAUAUGACAGUGCAGACUUCCAGAGCUCCGUCAGAAGUUUUCAGAUGUCUGAGAGCAAAAGGAAAAGGUUGAGAGAGCUAGAGGUAAAGGUUAUGAAGAUCCAAGAUGAGCUGGAAUCUGGCAAGAGGCCGAGUAAAUCUGGAAUGAGCAUACAACAACAGGUGGAACACUACAGAAACAAACUGCUACAGAAGGAGAUUGAAAAAGACGCAGAAAAAACUGAGCGGUCAACACCAAAGUCCAAAGACAAGCCAAAAGAGGACAGAAGGGACAAAGAAAGGAGCAAAAGAAGUGAAGAUGGGGACAGAGGAAGAAGACGGAGUUCAGAUCCUGCUGACCAGACCAGAACGUCAAGGAGCAUCUCUCCUUUGAAAACAAGGUCUCCCAAAUGGUCCAAACGUUCCCGAUCACCAUCUCCAGACCAGAAGGUGAGGAAGUCCAGGUCACGCUCACCAUAUCGCUCCAGCAAGAAGACAAAGAAGAGCAAACAUUGACUCUCAGCUUUGGACCUUGUCAUCCAUCAGCUCACUGGUGUUAAAGGGUUAUGCUCUUAACCAGCCUGGCAUGUCUGUUUUCUUGGUCUUAACUUGCAUCAUCCAUGCAAGAUUCAGCACUUUUGUAUGAUGAAGUCUGAACAUUGUAACUAAUUCUAUAUAUUUUUGUUUUGUUUUAAAAAUAACCAGAAAUGUUGCUGCACACUUCUGACACUAAAUAAAUCACUGGUGGUUUAUGAA